AUGCAACUCACCAAAACCCUCGCCGUCAUCACACUUUUGGGUGUUGCCCAAGCAGCUGCCAUCCCUCCUGUGGCCCCCACUAGUCGCGAUGUCGAAGACAUCCAGGGCGGACAAUCCACCGACUUGACCAACAAAGUCAUUUGGUGGAAGCGCGAAGACGCCGACGGUGAUAAGCAGUCUACCGAUAUGAUCAACAGGACUCUCUGGUGGAAGCGCGGUUCUGAGAAGGAAGAUGAACAAUCAACGGAUAUGAUCAAUCGGACUGCGUGGUGGAAGAGGGAGGCCGUGUCUAAGAAUGAGGAGUGA